CCCCCGCAAGCUCACGCUAGCGCACGCCACCACGCCCGUCCGUGGUCCCGCCCGGGGCGGCUUCUAGGUCAGUCCUGGGCACAACUUCGCAGGAGGAGCAGCGGCAGGUGCUGCGGGCAAGGGCCGCCAUGGCUGGGGGUGUGUGGGGCCGGAGCCGGGCCCGGGAGGCUCCCGUGGGGGCUCUAACCCUGACAGCACUGACUGAAGGAAUCCGGGCCAGGCAGGGGCAGCCCCAGGGACCCCCUUCCGCAGGCCCUCAGCCCAAGUCCUGGGAGGUCAAACCUGAGGCUGAGCCACAGACCCAGGCACUCACCGCCCCCUCUGAGGCAGAGCCUGGACGUGGGGCCACCGUCCCUGAAGCUGGCAGCGAGCCCUGCUCCCUCAACAGUGCCCUGGAACCAGCCCCUGAGGGGCCCCACCAGGUUCCCCAGAGUUCCUGGGAGGAGGGAGUUCUUGCCGACCUCGCGUUGUACACGGCUGCCUGCCUGGAGGAGGCUGGCUUUGCAGGGACCCAGGCGACAGCGCUCACCCUGUCCUCAGCCCUGGAGGCCCGGGGGGAGCGGUUGGAGGACCAGGUGCAUGCUCUGGUGCGUGGGCUGCUGGCGCAGGUGCCCAGCCUAGCGGAGGGGAGGCCCUGGAGGGCGGCCCUGCGAGUGCUGAGCGCACUGGCCCUGGAGCAUGCGCGGGACGUGGUGUGUGCGCUGCUACCCCGCUCUCUGCCCCCCGAUCGGGUAGCAGCCGAGCUCUGGCGCAGCCUAAGCCGUAACCAGCGUGUAAAUGGGCAGGUGCUGGUGCAACUGCUGUGGGCGCUGAAGGGUGCUUCGGGGCCCGAGCCCCAGGCACUGGCGGCCACACGUGCUCUUGGGGAGAUGCUGGCUGUUUCGGGCUGCGUGGGAGCCACGAGGGGCUUCUACCCACAUCUGCUGCUUGCGCUGGUCACACAGCUGCACAAGCUAGCCCGCAGCCCGUGCUCCCCUGACAUGCCCAAGAUUUGGGUUCUGUCCCACCGAGGGCCACCACACAGCCAUGCCAGCUGCGCCGUGGAGGCCCUGAAGGCCCUGCUCACCGGGGAUGGAGGCCGCAUGGUGGUCACGUGCAUGGAGCAGGCGGGAGGCUGGAGGAGGCUGGUGGGAGCCCACACCCACCUGGAGGGCGUCCUGCUGCUGGCCAGUGCUAUGGUGGCACAUGCCAACCACCACCUGCGAGGCCUCUUCGCAGACUUGCUUCCUCGGCUUCGCAGCGCGGACGACCCGCAGCGUCUCACGGCUAUGGCCUUCUUCACAGGGCUGUUGCAGAGCCGGCCCACCGCACGGCUCCUGCGAGAGGAGGUCAUCCUGGAGCGGCUCCUCACCUGGCAGGGAGACCCCGAACCCACGGUGCGCUGGUUGGGUCUGCUGGGCCUGGGCCACCUCGCGCUGAAUCGCAGGAAGGUGCGGCACGUGAGCACGCUGCUGCCGGCGCUCCUGGGCGCACUGGGCGAAGGCGACGCGCGGCUCGUGGGCGCAGCGCUGGGCGCCCUGAGGAGGCUCCUGCUGCGGCCCCGGGCGCCUGUGCGGCUCCUGAGCGCGGAGCUGGGACCGCGCCUCCCUCCGCUACUGGACGACACACGGGACUCAAUCCGCGCCUCGGCCGUCGGGCUCCUUGGGACUCUGGUGCGCCGGGGCCGGGGCGGGCUCCGGCUGGGGCUCCGCGGCCCCCUGCGGAAGCUGGUGCUGCAGAGUCUCGUGCCGCUGCUGUUGCGCCUGCAUGACCCCAGCAGGGACGCUGCUGAGAGCUCAGAGUGGACCCUGGCCCGCUGUGACCACGCCUUUUGCUGGGGCCUGCUGGAGGAGUUGGUCACCGUGGCCCACUAUGACAGCCCCGAGGCCCUGAGCCACCUCUGCUGCCGCCUGGUUCAGCGAUACCCAGGCCACGUGCCCAACUUCCUGAGCCAGACCCAGGGCUACCUGCGGAGUCCACAGGACCCCCUGCGCCGGGCAGCCUCCGUGCUUAUAGGCUUCCUUGUCCACCACGCCAGCCCCGGCUGUGUCAACCAGGACCUGCUGGACUCCCUGUUCCAGGACCUAGGGCGGCUGCAGAGCGACCCCGAGCCGGCCGUGGCCGCAGCAGCACACGUGUCCGCCCAGCAGGUGGCGAUGCUGGCCCGAGCCCGGGGCUGCCCCCGUGGGCCCCGCCUUCUCCGCAUCGCCCCGCGCCCCGCCCGGCCCCCACCAGUCUUCGCCGACAGCCCCUUCCAGCGCCGGAGCGUCGCGGGCCGCUGGGGCUGCUCCGGACCCCGCUGA